UUUAUCAAACAUACACUAACUUAUUUGAAAUGCAGAAUUAGUGGGAGUUAAAGGAAAUGCCAACUGAUACAGAGUGCAAUUCCAAUGUUGGUGAAUAUGUAGCAUUUGGAGAAGGUUCCACUCCAAAGUUAGAGAAGAAGUUGCACAAGGUUUCAAUCAUACCUCUGAUCUUCCUGAUCUUUUAUGAGGUAUCAGGAGGACCAUUUGGUGUAGAAGACACAGUAAGAGCAGCAGGUCCAUUAUUAUCCCUGCUUGGUUUCUUGGUUUUACCACUCAUAUGGAGUGUUCCAGAAGCACUGAUAACUGCUGAAAUGAGCACAAUGUUCCCAUUCCCAGAGAAUAGUGGCUAUGUGGUUUGGGUUUCAUCUGCAUUGGGUCCUUACUGGGGUUUUCAACUUGGGUGGAUGAAAUGGCUUAGUGGUGUCAUUGACAAUGCUUUAUACCCAGUCUUGUUCUUAGAUUACUUGAAAUCAGCUAUUCCAGCUUUAGGAGGUGGUUUUCCAAGGAUAGUAGCAGUUUUGGUUUUAACUUUAGCUCUCACUUACAUGAACUAUAGAGGCUUAACAAUAGUAGGUUGGGCUGCUAUUUCACUUGGAAUCUUUUCAUUGCUUCCUUUCUUGGUUAUGGGAGUUAUAGCAAUUCCCAGAAUAGAGCCAACAAGGUGGCUCAUGGCGGAUUUGAACAAAGUGAAUUGGGGUUUGUACUUGAACACACUUUUCUGGAACUUGAACUAUUGGGACUCAAUUAGUACUCUUGCAGGAGAAGUUGAAGACCCUGGUAAAACACUCCCAAAAGCUCUUCUUUAUGCUGUUAUGUUGGUUGUUUUUGGACACUUUUUCCCUCUUCUGGUAGGAACUGGUGCUGUUCCGGUUAACCGUGAGGUUUGGUGUGAUGGUUACUUCUCAGAAGUUGCUAAGUUAAUAGGAGGUGUUUGGUUGAGAAUUUGGGUUCAAGCAGCUUGUGCUUUGUCAAACAUGGGAAUGUUUGUUGCUGAGAUGAGCAGUGAUUCCUUCCAGCUUUUGGGGAUGGCAGAAAGAGGCAUGCUUCCUGAGUUUUUUGCUAAGAGGUCACGUUAUGGGACACCUCGCAUUGGGAUUUUGUUCUCUGCCUCUGGUGUGGUUUUGCUUUCAUGGCUGAGCUUCCAAGAGAUAGUUGCUGCUGAGAACUUCUUGUACUGUUUUGGGAUGCUUAUGGAGUUUGUGUCAUUUGUCAAGUUAAGGAUGAAGCUUCCGUCAAUGUAUAGGCCUUAUAAAGUGCCUAUUGGGGGAAAGGGUGCAAUUUUGAUGUGUGUGCCUCCAACACUUCUGAUAUUUGUGGUUUUAGCUCUUGCUUCUUUCAAGGUCUUCAUCAUAAGCUUCUCAGCUGUGAUCACAGGGCUCCUCUUGCAGCCUUGUUUGAAGUAUGUGGAGAAGAAAAGAUGGCUCAGAUUCUCUGUCAAUCCUAACCUUGCAGAUUUAUAUGCUUUCUAG